ACGGCACUACCUUUGCUUGCUUCAAGACACAGCAAGUCAGCAACCGGAGCUCAUCUCGAUCUCGGUCAGCCAUGACGAACGGCUACCUCUUCCGGGAGUACAUCGGCGCGCAGUUCACCGGCGUGCGGUUCUCCGACGUGCCCAUCAACGCCUUCGUCAGCUUCCACUUCAUCCUCUCCUUCGCCAUCGACUACACACCGGUGAACCAGCAGCCCACACCGGUGCCGACGAACGGCGUGUUCAGCCCGUUCUGGGACACGGGCAAUCUGUCCCCCGCCGCCGUGGCCUCCAUCAAGGCCGCGCACCCGAACGUCGCCGUCAUGGUGGGUAUCGGCGGCGACAGCGUGCAGGACAUCACCAAGGCCGUCUUCACCCCGACGUCCAUCAACUCGUGGGUGGCCAACGCCGCGACGUCGCUCACGAACAUCAUCAACACGUACGAGCUCGACGGCGUCGACGUCGACUACGAGCACUUCGCCGCCGGCGCCGACGUGAACACCUUCGUCGAGUGCAUGGGCCGCCUCCUGACGCAGCUGAAGGCGAACAUGCCGUGGAUCACGACCUCCAUAGCGCCGUUUGAGGACCCGACGAUCCAGAGGUACUACCAGCCGCUGUGGCGCAAGUACAACGGCGUGAUCGACUACGUCAACUUCCAGUUCUACGGCUACGGCGACAACACCGACGUCCCCUUGUACGUCCAGUUCUACGACCAGCAGUCGGCGAACUACCCCGGCGGCAAGGUCCUCGCCAGCUUCAUGACCGGGAACACGACCGGGCUGAUCUCGCCGGACCUCGGCAUCAACGCGGCCAAGGAGCUGCAGCGGCAGAACAAGCUGCCGGGGCUCUUCAUCUGGUCAGCGGACAGCUCCAAGAAGAGCAGCUACGGCUUCAAGUACGAGAUCCAGGGGCAGCAGAUCAUUGCCAACCAUUGAUCUGUGAUCGGAUGGCGCCUCUACUCUGCUGCCUAUGGAUGGACACACUCACACAAAAUAUUUAAUAGUAAGGAAUAAUCACGCCUCUACGCCUACGUGCGCUGGCGGUGUUGCUGUGGUAUGAAUGAAUAAAGCGAACAAAGGUUGUGUUUCCAAGCCUAAAUCAUAUGGAUCAAUUUUAUAUGCUAAUUUUUCCAAAG